AUGGCCCAGAAAGCCGCUGCAAAGGAGCUGAUUGUCAAGCUCAUCGUGGGAGCGGGACAGGCCAGCCCGAGUCCCCCCGUCGGCCCCGCACUCGGAAGCAAAGGCGUGAAGAGUAUGGAUUUCUGCAAGGAAUUCAACGCUCGCACUGCCCACAUCGAAACCGGAACUCCAAUCCCCGCCCUCAUCACCAUCCGUCCUGAUCGAUCCUUUACCUUCGAUCUACGGACCCCGACCACAUCCUGGCUGUUGCUCAAAGCAGCGGGCGUCGAGAUACGCAAGGGCCGACUUCGGGGCACGGAGAACCCGGGCAAGGACUUUAUCGGCAAGGUGUCGCUGAAACACGUGUAUGAGAUUGCAAAAAUCAAGCAAUCCGAGGUCCGCUUGUCUGGGGUAAGCAUACAGUCGCUGUGCAAGAGCGUUAUCGCGCAGGCAAAGACGGUUGGCAUCGAGGUUGUCCCUUGA